AUGCCCCCACGCAAUCGUGAUCGUACCGGCGGUGGUGGUGGACGUGGUGGUAACGGAGGUGGUGGUGGAGGUGAUAUGCGUGGAGGAGAUCGUCGAGGUGGUGUUCGGAAUGGUCGAGUACAAAAACUUAUGAAGGAUCGUAAAGGCGGCCGCGGUGACGAUAAAAAUGGAAGCGAACUAUUUGACGUCGAUUGGAGUACAGUUCGUUUAGAACCAUUCAAGAAAAAUUUCUAUGAACCCUUUCCAAAGGUGUCAAAUCGAUCGGCCUAUGAGGUUGAGAAAUAUCGCAGGGAGAAGGAAAUCACCGUUAAAGGUCCUGCACCAAACCCAAUUCAAAAUUUCGACGAAGCAAUUUUCCCUGACUACUGCAUGAACGAGAUCCGUCGACAAGCGUACGAAGAGCCAACUCCAAUCCAAGCACAAGGAUGGCCCAUAGCAAUGAGUGGUCACAACUUGGUGGGCAUUGCUAAGACAGGUUCUGGUAAAACCCUGGCGUACAUACUACCAGCAAUUGUACACAUCAACAACCAACCGCCUCUGAAGCGUGGAGAUGGCCCAAUAGCAUUAGUUUUGGCUCCCACUCGUGAAUUGGCCCAACAAAUUCAACAGGUUGCGAGCGACUUUGGCUCGUCCUCAUAUGUACGAAACACCUGUGUUUUCGGUGGAGCUGCAAAAGGCGGUCAGGCCCGAGAUUUAGAACGGGGUUGUGAAAUAGUCAUUGCUACCCCUGGUCGAUUGAUAGAUUUCCUUCAAGCGGGCGUCACAAAUUUGCGCCGUUGCACUUAUUUAGUGCUUGACGAAGCUGAUCGUAUGUUGGAUAUGGGUUUCGAGCCACAAAUCCGAAAGAUUGUAGGACAAAUCCGUCCUGAUCGUCAGACACUCAUGUGGAGUGCAACUUGGCCUCGUGAAGUACAAAAAUUGGCAGAAGAUUUCUUAGGCGAUUACAUUCAAAUCAAUAUUGGAUCUCUGGAGUUGUCAGCUAAUCACAACAUCCGUCAAAUUAUCGAGGUAUGUCGCGAAACGGAGAAAGAGAUGAAAUUGAAGGAGCUGCUCUCGAAAAUUUACGACGAAGCCGAUCCUGGCAAACUCAUAAUAUUCGUUGAGACAAAGCGACGUGUUGACCACUUGUCAAGAUUUAUUCGAAGCUUCGGAGUGCGCGUAGGCGCAAUUCAUGGUGAUAAGUCACAAUCUGAGCGUGAUUUUGUUCUGAAAGAAUUUCGUAGUUCAAGAUCGAACAUUCUUGUAGCAACGGACGUUGCGGCCCGCGGGCUUGAUGUUGACGGGAUCAAGUACGUUAUAAAUUUUGAUUAUCCUCAAUCUUCGGAAGAUUAUAUCCAUCGUAUCGGGCGUACAGGACGAUCUCAUGCUCUGGGCACAUCUUAUGCAUUCUUUACAAAAAAUAACGCCAAGCAGGCUCGCUCUCUAAUGCAGGUCCUGAGAGAGGCUAAUCAGGAAAUAACUCCGGAGCUAGAGGAGUUGGCCCGUUCCGUUCGAGGUGAUGGUGGCGGUUUUAGCCGAUACCGGACUCCAGGUGGUGGUGGCAACCGAUUUGGAGGUGGUGGUGGUUUUAGGCGUGAUGGAAUGGGCGGCAGAGGCCGACCAAUGGGUGGUCGCGGUGGUGGCGGUUACGGCCGUGGUGGAGGUGGCGGAAACGACAAUGGACCAAUGCAGCGCAAUGGUUUCGGCGCGAAUGGAGGCAACUAUUGA